GUUGUGAUAGGUAUUUGUGAUGUUUACAUUUCUAUGAAAUGUCAAUUAAGUAAUUAUUAUUGCCGUAGUAUAAUCAAUAUCAAAUAAACAUUAACUUAUAUUAUAUCGUCGUAAAAACUGGCCCUACGGGUACUGAAUAAAUCCCGUUUGCUCACCAGUGCGAGCAGCGAGCACCGAGCAGCGAAGCGAGCUAGUCGUGAACAAAGAAUAGUAUUAGAAUAUAGAGAUGGUCACGAACCUAAUUGCGAAGUGGACAGUUAUUAGCUUGUCUUAGUCACGCAGCUGACGCAGCUUAAUAUAAAAAUGCCCAGUUGCGCCGCAAAAGGGUGCAAAAACUGAUAGAAAAGUUCUAAAGAAAGAUGGGAUCACAUUUCAUCGCGUUUGAACAAGGGAGUGCACGGGACGUGUCGAGUCACCAUCGCGUUACCCUCGCGUGAGUUACCAACGAGCGAGUCACUAACUUGAGCAAGAGUGUCCAAGAUGCCGUCGUGCGUGAUGCGAUGGUGCAGCAACUACCCGCAAACAGCUAACAAAGCAGCCGGCGUCACAUAUCAUUCGUUCCCAAGUAAAAAAUCAAUGCGCCAAAAAUGGACUGAGAUAAUCCGCGAGCAUCGAAGCGACCCAGACUGGAUGCCUUCGAGACACAGCAGAGUUUGUUCGCAACAUUUCGACGAGAAAGCCAAAUAUCUCACGCCGAAAGGCAUCGCCAAACUUAAUAGCACAGCUGUUCCUGUUUUAAAGAUGAGUAGGCGGGACGCAGGCUCCGUCCGGUCGAAAGCUCCGAAACCUUUUUCCUGGCUGGACCCAGAUAGCUCUGAUCAAGAAGUGACCAAUGACGAGUGGGUACCACUAGUGUCCCGCCUCGAGCAGUGUCGCUUCUGCGGCGACUUCUCCAAGACCUGCCUCUACAUCAAAAACAAGCCUUACGUCAAUAACAAUAAGACCGAAUUUACCUUAAACGGUAUUUGUGUAAACCUAGACUUUAGUAAUGAUCACUUGCCUAAGACUGUUUGUAGAGAUUGUGAUGUUAAGUUACAAGAGAUAGCAGAUUUCGUUAAUGUAGUCAAAGCAGCUCAGGAUUCGCUUAUCAAUGUUACUGAUAAAGGAAAUCAAGAAGAUAAGAGUAAAGAGAGUGAAGAUGAAAAUACUAUAGUUAUUAAAAUUGAACAUGAAUCACUAACACCUGAACAAGUUAAUGCAAAUGAUGAAGUUGGUGAUGAUACGAAUGAAGCUGAAGUAAUAAAAGUAGCUGAAGACACAAUUAAGUUUAGUAAUAAAAGGAAAGUUAAAGUGGACGCUGAUAGAAAACUGAAGAAAGCUAAAGUCACUAAAAGACAAUGCAAAAAUGAAGGUUCACUUGACAAUGCAGUUAAUAAUGAUGAAAAGCUUGUUUUUAUAGUUGAAAAAACAGUUGAAAUAGGUUCAACUAGAAUACAAAAGAAGCCUAAAGUUAAUAAGGAUAGAUUAAAUGAAAUCUACAUUGAAAUUGAGGUAAAAGAAGAAAUCAUUGAGAGGAAUGAUAUAUGUGAUACAGGAGAAGAAUCUGAAGUUAGUAACAACAAAGAUUUAACCUAGUAAAUCAUAAUCAUAAUAUGCAGUUUAUGUGUUACAUAUACAUAACAGACUUUUCGUCAUAUCUGUGCGAGUCAAAAAAGUGUAUAGGCGUUUUUGAUAUCUUAAGAGGCCGUAGUCGAUUUUGGAGCAAAAAUGUAAAAUUGAUAGAUUUAGACGUUGAAAUUAUACACGUUUUAUUACGUAAUAUCUAAGUAACAAGUAUUGGUUUCUAUUAGCACGUCUUCUCAUCUUGCCUUUUAAUAAUGAGGUCGCGAGCGUGCGUCGCCGGUAAUAUAUGAAGAGGGGGCAGUUUUUAAAAAUUCAUCAAAAAAUUAUGGUGGUAAAUUAUACAAAUUGAUGUAUAAGAAUAGUUUCAGCAAAUGUUGUAGAUUGUUUAAGUAUCAAAAUUACGUUGAAAUUAAGUCGAUUUUCAGAGAAAUUGUCACUUGUUUUGAAGUAAUUUCUGGAGAAAAUUGUAUACGUUUAACUUUCAUUUCCUCAUAUAACAAAAAUGUAAUCUGGUAAAAGUCAAGUACAGAAUAUGUGUAAUACAAAUUUACCAUUUUUAGCAGUCCAAACUUUACGAAAUUUACAAAUAAGAGCGACAAAAUCAGUACUUUACGCGCGUUUACCUAAACGUCCAUCAGAAACAAAAUCAUUACUAAUUUAGUUAGUCUGUUUUCAAAAAAAUGAUCUAAUAAAAGGCAAGAUAAGAAGACGUGCUAAUAGAAACCAGUACUUAUUAUUUCAAUUAGGUAACAAAAGGUGUACAAUUUCACCGACUAAAUCUAUCAAUUUUACAUUUUUGCGACUAAAAUCGACACCGGCCUCUUAAUAUAAGUAGGGGAAAGGUGUACAAGUUGAUCCCAUUAAGCGAGAUUUGUCGUAAAAUCCCAGGUGUUUAAGAUGAUCACUUCAUAGGGUUUAAAAAAAACUAAAUAUUGUAAUGAAUCCUUAAUAAAUUUAAUAUUUGUUGUUUCACAAUGGAAAUAUAGAUAAAACUGCUAGUAAUAAACGUUAACACUUUUGGACUACAAGUUAAAAUAAUGAUUUUACGACAAAUCUCGCUUAAUGGGAUCAACUUGUACACCUUUCCCCUACGUGAGUAGGGAGGAAUUGCCGUUUCUGCCUCAGUGACGUCAUCAUGACGUCAUGACGUCAUCACGUGACGUAACCUCAUGAUGUCAUCACAGCCCCCCUCACCCCCCCCCCCCCCCUUUUGUGAAGACCAAUGCUGAAGGUGAAGUGAUACGUGAUCUAAAGACAUUCAACACUAAAAACGUGGUUAUGCAUAAAUACUGUAUGAAUUUUCCGACUUAUUUUGAAGAAAUAUCCAUGAAUAUUUCCAAAAAGUGCGAGGAUUUUCAGGAGCGCGAUCACAGAUUAAUAAAUAGUUACUACGUAACAGAUACAUCAUUCCCAUACAAAAGCGAAAAUACCUACGCUAUAAUAGCCUAAAAAAUCUUAAUAAUAAUACCUGCUGCUCAGGACGAGAAGAAAUGUACCAUAAGUACGCGAACAAAGAGUCGAGACUGCCUUGCUCGCCGUGCGAGUCACGUGCCAACGCGUCAUCGUAAGAAUGCGCUAGGGUUGUACUGUUACUUAUGUUAUUAUUGUAAUAAAACAAAUGUUGCGAAUCAACCAUAUUUUUUAUUAGUCAAUC